UGACGAAAGGCCGUGACCUGGCAGGUCCACCGCCACAUAUUGGAACGCUGGCAGGAAGUAGAGAGCAAAAGAAGGUUUAGCAUCAGCAGAUGAAACUAAAGAACAGUACUAAUUGUUCUGCUUUAGUUUAACAUAGUAGCAUUAAGUAGUUGUCAGGCAAAUAUAUCUCACCAUCUCAUUCAUCCAGGUCAUGGCAGACUUGAACUGACAUGGUUCUCAGGUUCUGGGGUCCAGUAGAGGAAGACUACAACACCUAUGGAGGUGUGGUUCUGACUUGUUUACACGCCGAGCACCACAAUACCCAGAAGCUGUGGCCCAAAUUUGCAGAAAUUCACGAGGCCAACCUGGCUGGGAAUUCUGACAUUUCUGCGAAAUUGGGAGAGCUGCUGAAGGCUAGAGGUAGAGCCAUGAAACACAAGAUAUCCACCAAUAACUUCAAGGAGAAGGCUGGGCUUGAGCAACAGGCUAUGAAAAACGUGGUGGGCAUCUUAAUGGCUGACAACGAGGCCAUAUACAAAGGGCUUGGCUUUACAGGCUGAGGGCCAUUUUGAAAAUAUGUCAGUCUUUGGGGUUUUGAAAAUCUCUGACACUUUCUGUGUCCUCUGAGUUACUGUCUGUGUGUAACGUACGUCGGUAAAUCUCACUGACGCUUUUAGAGUCACGCUGGACAUCGAGUUGACAGCUCGGGCUUUUAGGAAGCACUUUCGAUGGAUUGUGGUCGAGCCUCAGGCAUGAAC